UUGGGUAUUACCAAGAUCUACGUUAUUACAAAUAUUUCGGCUAAAAACAUUUUCGUAUUAUUUUAAUCUCGUUAGAAAAUAACUAAACCCGGAGUAAGCAUACCAUUAAAAUAUUAAAUAAAAAUAAAAAAGGGUUGAGUAAGUAAAUAAUUAACCAUGUUUUUAAAACUUUAUUUUUUAAUAUUACUCGCUACAGUAAUUAUUGCUACAAGAGGCAGACUGUUGGAGAAAAAUUGCUUACGUCAUGGUCAAACAUGCAAUAUUAACAGCGAUUGCUGUUCUGUAAAGUGUGCUCUUUCUCAAGAAAAAACUUUCUCUACUUGUAUUACUCAAGUAAAUAAUUCAACUGAUAAUAACAACAACAACAACAGCAACAAUAAUAGUGAUGAGAUAACGAUAAAAAAAAUUGAAACUAGAAUAUGCCGAGCAAAUGGAUAUCAUUGUGCUGUAGUUGAAGAGUGUUGUUCUAAAUUUUGUUUGCCUCUGAAAUUAGUUGCGGUCACUUAUAUGUAUUGUGCACCAAAAUAUAAUGUAUAGAAAUAUAUUCCGUACGUAGUUUACAUAUUGGUGUGGUUCUACAAAAUUUGGUUAAUAACACCAUAUGUCUAAAAAUAUUUCAGCUACUAUCUGGAAUAUAUUUAAUUAUUAUUAUUAAUGUCAGUCACUUGAUAGAUCCAACUAAUUUAUG